GCCUCAAGUAAGUGAGGACAGAGGACUGUGAGAGAGCCCUGUGAUUCAGUGUGUGUGUGGAAAUUUGUAUUCUGCUGUGGGCUCUGCCUGUGAGUUUGUGACACUUUGCAAUCACAGAGAGAGAGAGAGAGAGAGAGAGAGAGAGGAGUAAAAAUGGAGAGAGCGAAGGAGAUGAAGCAAUCCAAGUUUAAAAGGAUUUGCGUCUUUUGUGGAAGUAGUCAAGGAAAGAAAAGUAGCUACCAAGAAGCUGCUAUAGAGCUUGGGAGUGAAUUGGUUGCAAGGAACAUUGAUCUGGUUUAUGGAGGUGGAAGCAUAGGUUUGAUGGGUUUAGUUUCACAAGCUGUUUAUAAUGGUGGUCGGCAUGUACUUGGAGUUAUUCCCAAGACGCUCAUGCCUCGAGAGAUUACUGGUGAAACUGUAGGGGAAGUGAAGGCAGUCGCAGAUAUGCAUCAAAGAAAGGCAGAGAUGGCUAGGCAGUCAGAUGCCUUUAUCGCCUUACCUGGUGGUUAUGGGACUCUUGAAGAGCUACUUGAAGUGAUAACAUGGGCUCAACUAGGCAUACAUGAUAAGCCGGUGGGAUUGUUGAAUGUGGAUGGAUACUACAAUUCGUUGCUGUCAUUCAUUGACAAAGCUGUAGAGGAAGGCUUUAUUAGUCCAAAUGCAAGGCAUAUCAUUGUAUCUGCCCCUACAGCAAAGGAACUGGUGAAGAAAAUGGAGGAGUACUUUCCCCGCCAUGAAAGAGUUGCUUCACAGUUGAGCUGGGAGACAGAGCAGCUUGGCUACUCUUCAAAAUGCGGUAUCUCUUAAGAAGACUAGACUGGAAGGGAGAGAUGUUAGAGGACCUGGCAAUGGAAGAGACUAAUUCUGAAGACCAAAAUUUUCUACUGUGGGGGGGAUUUUUUUUUUUUUUUUUUAUUGUAAAAUACCACAAAUGACUUAAUAUAUGAUGCUUCUCUUUUAUUG